CUUUUGCAGGCACACACUCACACACAUACGUAUAGAUAGAGGAAAAACAUCAAGACCAUGAAAGCUCCAUUUUAUUCUCUGUCCCUAAAAUCUUGAGGAAUGGUGGUGUAUGGCGACAACCCAAUUCUAUUCAACCCGAAAGCGAUCUCCAAACCCCAAUCAUUCAUUCCCCCAUUUAAGCGCUAGCCUCAACACCAUCACCCACUACCACCACCACUGCCAUGGCCACCACUACCACCGACGCCUCCCCAAAAUUUCGCCACGUCCCACAACCCUCCGACUACCGCCCCGAAAUCACUGUCAAUUCCUCUCACGACGGCCUUGAGUUCUGGCAGUUCAUGAUCGCCGGCUCAAUUGCAGGCUCCGUCGAACACAUGGCCAUGUUUCCAGUAGAUACCCUCAAGACCCGUAUGCAGGUUAUUGGCGGGUCGUAUCCGGCUCCGUCCAUCGGUCUCCGGCAAGUCCUUGGCUCCAUUUUGAAGAUGGAGGGGCCCGCCGGCCUCUACCGCGGCAUUGCUGCAAUGGGUCUCGGCGCCGGACCUUCCCAUGCCGUAUAUUUUUCGGUGUAUGAGCUCUGUAAAGAUUUUUUCUCGGCCGGAAAUCCAAAUAAUUCUGCUGCCCACGCGGUUUCGGGAGUUUUCGCUACUGUUGCUAGCGAUGCUGUGAUUACACCUAUGGAUAUGGUGAAGCAGAGGUUGCAAUUGAAGAGUAGCCCAUAUAAGGGCGUGAUGGAUUGUGUGAAGAGAGUGUUGGUGGAAGAGGGAAUUCAAGCUUUUUACGCAUCAUAUCGCACUACUGUUGUGAUGAAUGCGCCGUUCACCGCAGUUCAUUUUGCGACUUAUGAGGCCGCAAAGAGGGGGCUGAUGGAGGUCUCUCCGGAGAAUGCAGAUGAUGAGAAUUUAGUGGUUCAUGCCACUGCCGGAGCGGUGGCUGGGGCUUUAGCUGCAGCUGUUACAACUCCACUUGAUGUUGUCAAAACUCAGUUGCAGUGCCAGGGUGUCUGUGGAUGUGAUAGAUUUUCUAGUGGUUCCAUUAGGGAUGUUAUUCAAACCAUAGUGAAGAAGGAUGGUUACGGUGGGCUUAUGAGGGGAUGGAUCCCCAGGAUGCUCUUCCAUGCACCAGCUGCUGCAAUCUGCUGGUCCACCUAUGAAGCAGCAAAAGCCUUCUUUGAAGAGCAGAAUGGCCGUAGUAACCUGGUUAACUGAGGAACCACAACUGUGCCUUGUGGACGACACCUCAACCUAAUUGGCCGACUGUGUGAAAUUUGUUCAUCAUAGUUGGAUUGGAAUAGUGGAAUAACAGGUGGGCAUCAUUUUCCCACAACAAGGCUGUUGUUUGUUUAAAUGGUGCUGGUUGGAUCACGCACAAGUAUAGGAUUAAAUGUAUUAUGCAAAUGGCUGUGGUGACUGCUCAUAUGAGAUGAUGUUAAUGAUUUAUUCAUCACGGUGGCGAUUUGUCCUCCCCUUGCAUGAAUAUGUAUAUUUGCUAUGGAAUGUGGAAUUUGUGCUUCA